AUGGUGGUCUCGUUCGGUUCGCACCUGGGAUCAUUCCUGCUUCCCUCAGGAAACGAGUCCUUGAUACACUUCAACCGCAUCCUAGACAGCCACUUGGACGACAAGAGCGCACCCUCGGCAUUCUUCUGGAUAGUGGCCAACGGUCCCUGCGUGGUCGUGCUUCUGGCACUGAACGUGGCUUACGUGCACUUCUUCUACCUGCGCCGCCUGCGUAUCUACACCCCGGACACCACGCGCCAGCGCCGUGAGCUGAAGGCUAUGCUUCGACUUCAACACAGGAAUGAGUCAUGGAUGUCGCCCUGGGAAGCCAUCAUGGCGUUCUUCUUUGUCGUGUUCGUGCUGAUCCUCUUCACGCGAGAGCCCGUCUUUUUCGCCGGAUGGACCUCGUUCCUGAGCGUACAAAGGUACAUGCUAACACCUGUCACGAUAACCACUCACGUGCUCUAG